CGACAACUACCUGUCCUCCGUCGACUUUCAACCAUGGCCUGAGUUCUUUCUCUCCACGGUCCCUCUAUUCUUUCGGUAAGGGACUCUGCUCUUUUCAACUACCAAAAUUAUGGAUCGCAUCCGAAAAUGGGCGGCUACUCCUCCGCCGGAGUAUGAGCCUAUCGAGCAACCCGCCUACCCCGACGAUGAGGAUCAUCAGUCUAUCUCAGAGCAUCAGCCGGCCCCUCCCUUCUCCCGGUUCGAAUAUGCGGUGUUCUUUAUCCUGGGGGUCUCGAUGCUGUGGGCGUGGAACAUGUUCCUUGCCGCCGCCCCGUACUUCUAUCAUCGUUUCCAAUCGGACGACUGGGCAGCUACCCACUACCAAUCCUCCAUCUUGACCGUGUCCACCAUCACAAACCUGGGCUCGGUGUAUAUCCUCGCAAAGCUCCAGAAGGAUGCCUCGUACCCGAGACGUAUAAGCAUCUCGCUGCUCAUCAACAUCGCCGUGUUCACCUUGCUGGCGUUCUCGACCAUCAUCGCGAAGCAUGUCUCCGUGAGCACCUACUUUGGCUUCCUCAUGGUGAUGGUCUUUGGGGCUAGUUUGGCGACGGGAAUCAACCAGAACGGCGUCUUCGCUUAUGUCUCCGGGUUCGGGAGGGAGGAGUAUACUCAGGCCAUUAUGGCCGGUCAAGGCGUUGCUGGUGUUUUGCCGUGCAUCGUUCAGAUCCUCUCCGUUCUCGCCGUGCCGCAGAGAAAGGGCGAUCAACCUGAAGAAACACCGCAGGAAUCGUCCACAUCCGCCUUCGUCUACUUCAUCACCGCUACCGUGGUCUCCUUCUCAGCGCUACUCGCCUUCCUUUCUCUGGUCAAGCGCCGCUCAUCCACUCCCCUCUUGAGAUCCGACCUCUUCCAGGACGACCAUCCAAACCGUACUUCUCCCCCCGAAGACGCCGACCAUCACUCGGACCACCCCACCAAAACCGUUGGCCUGCUCACCCUCUUCCGCAAACUCCGCCUCAUGGCCCUGGCCAUCUUCCUCUGCUACGCCGUUACCAUGACCUUCCCCGUGUUCACCGCAGAGAUCGAGUCGGUGCGCGACCCCUCCACCCGCUCUCGCAUCUUCGACUCUCCCAUCUUCAUCCCACUGGGCUUUUUCUUCUGGAACGUCGGCGACCUCGUCGGCCGCAUGCUCGUUCUCAUUCCCUCCAUUUCUCUCGCCCACCGCCCCUGGGCCCUAUUCUGUCUCUCCAUCGCCCGUGUCGCAUUCAUUCCGCUCUAUCUCCUCUGCAACAUCCGUGGUCGCGGGGCGUCGGUGCCUAGUGAUUUCUUCUACCUGGUCAUUGUGCAGCUCCUUUUCGGUGUUUCGAACGGGUAUCUCGGGAGCAGUUGCAUGAUGGGUGCGGGGCACUGGGUCUCGGAGGAUGAAAGGGAGCCGACGGGAGCGUUUAUGGGAUUGAUGUUGGUGGGAGGUUUGACUGCCGGGAGUCUGUUGAGUUUCGGGGUUUCGAGUGCAUAGAUCUAUAACAUACAAACAUACAUAGCAUCAGUUAUAUAGCUAGGCGUUUGAAGAAUGUCUUGGAUAUAGAUUGGACUGGUUUGAUUAAUUGAUUUUCAUAUAGCACAUUCUGGGUAGAUGGUUGCUUCGACAUCGCGCUAGCUAGAUAUAAAGCUCAUUU